AUGGCCUUCAAGAGCCUUCUGACCAUCGUCUCUCUCGCCGCAACCCUCGCGGGCACCAACGCCGCACUGACGCGCCGCGUCACCUGCCCCGACGGCGUUAACACCGCGACGAACGCGGCGUGCUGCCAGCUGUUCGCUGUCCGACAGGACCUCCAGCAGAACCUGUUCCACGGCGGCCUGUGCACUGCCGAGGCGCACGAAUCCCUCCGCCUGACGUUCCACGAUGGUAUUGCCAUCUCGCCCGCCAUGGAGGCGCAAGGCAAGUUCGGCGGCGGCGGUGCCGAUGGCUCCAUCUCUAUCUUCCCCGAGAUUGAGACCGCCUUCCACCCCAACAUCGGCCUCGACGAGAUCGUCGCGCUCCAGCGGCCGAUCCAAGCGCGCCACAACCUCACACACGCCGACUUCCUGCACUUCGCUGGUGCACUCGCCGCGUCCAACUGCGCCGGUGCGCCCCAGCUCUCCGCAUUCGUCGGCCGCAAGGACGCCACCCAGCCCGCACCCGACGGCCUCGUCCCCGAGCCGUUCCACACUCCCGACCAGAUCUUCGACCGCCUCGCCGACGCGUCCGAGGGCGAGUUCGACCCCAUCCUCACCGUCUGGCUCCUGACCGCGCACACCGUCGCGGCGGCCAACGACGUCGACCCGACCAAGUCCGGGCUGCCGUUCGACUCGACCCCCGAGAUCUGGGACACGCAGUUCUUCGUGGAGACGCAGCUGCGCGGGACGCUGUUCCCCGGAAAGGGGGGCAACCAGGGCGAGGUCGAGAGCCCGCUCGCCGGAGAGAUGCGCCUGCAGAGCGACCACACGAUCGCGCGUGACUCGCGCACGGCGUGCGAGUGGCAGUCGUUCGUCGACAACCAGCCGAAGGCCCAGGCGAUGUUCCAGUUCGUCUUCCAGGUGCUCUCUACCCUUGGCCAGAACCAGGAUGACCUGGUUGACUGCACUGAAGUGGUCCCGAUCCCCGCGCCGCCGCAGGGCCGCACUCAUCUCCCCGCCGGCAUGACCAUGAACGACAUCGAGCAAGCAUGCGCCGAGACUCCCUUCCCCACCCUCCCGAUCGACCCUGGACCGCGCACUGCUGUCGCCCCCGUGUAA